AUGGUUUCUGGUAUUCCAUUGGAAGCCUCUGUAUCAUCCAUCACCUCUAAUGGCCAUUGGAAUAUCUCUUCCAGGAGCAGACACCCGAUUCUCCGUAUUAUUCGGGCUGAGCUUCCUCCUCAGGCACCCCAAGCAUCUGUCCUAGACGAGGAUUCUUAUAUAUGGCGGAAUUCUUUGACAGGUCAGGCUUCUGAGUUCUCAGUCUCCCUGUUUUAUGCUACUCUCUACUCGAGUCCAUCCUCAGUAUCUUGGCAUAAGGCCGUUUGGUUCAAAAAAAGGAUUCCGAGGCAUGCUUUUAUAACUUGGCUGGUCAUGAGAGACAGGAUGGUCACUCGGGAGGCUUAUUUCAUGGGGAUUGGAAGUUUCACCGACUUGUUUGCUUUGCGGUGUUGCGUUUGGAGAGGCCUUCUGUCAAGAUCAGCGCUCCAACACCCUCAAAGACUCCAGGACAUCGUGGCAUGGCUUUCUUCUUCUCAGAUUAAUGGAAAAAUGAGGGUCAUCUUACAUCUUAUUUUCCAGGCAUCUAUUUAUCACCUUUGGAAGGAGAGAAACUCAAGGAUUCACACAAAUACAUCCCGACCUUCACACAUGGUUGUGAAAGAUCUGCAACUGCAUCUGCGCACUAAGCUAUACUCACUCGACAGGGAAGAUUCAGCUGAUCAAAGAAACGGUAUCGGAAAUUAA